AUGGCCGAAGCAUCUAAGCUGAGGGCGGUCCUCCUGCUACUGAAGAACUUGCUCCUGGCAGCCCUGCUCUACGCAACCAUCUAUGGCAUCAUAAAUAUUGUGAGCGAUCCCAGCGUCGCGACCAAGGGCAAACUGGGCAUUCCCGCUUUUCUCGACAAGGCUGGGCCAACCGAGCUGGUGGAGACGACCAAGGCAGGCAUCAGAGUCAAGUUCGCAGGCACCUCCAAGACCGUCACUAUAAACCCUCACGCCAACGUCUUCAAUCGCCCCGUCACUGCUGUCAAGAACAAGGACGAUUACAUGGGUCCCCGCCCCCAUGUCGACACCGAGGCGGACAUGCACAUGUUGGUGGAAGAAUGCCGCGGCUCCUACACCGGGCUGGAGAAGAUGAGGAGGCCCUACGAUUGUCUGAAGUUCUUCGCCGAGGAACAGGACCGCUACUACCGACUGCCCGAGGCUGCGGAACGAGCAAGCGCCCAAGACCCUCGCAAGGCCGACUACAUCAACGCAGACGGGCACGACAAGACACUCUCGAGCUAUGUCCCACUCAAAGACGCGGUCGCUGCAAACGGGUCGGCCAUUGGCACAUGCCCUGGUCCCAUUAUUCCCUACCACGUCUACUGGACGGGUCCCGCAACCUGGCGCGUCGAGGUCUUCAUCAAGAGCUAUCUGUAUACCCAGAACCUGGCAUGCUCCCGACUCUGGCUGUGGCUCGACAGCGAUCGCAACCCCAAUGCUGUGCAUAACAUGCUGAACAAGGACGCCCUCUUUGCCCGAUUCCUUCCCCUCGUCGAGCGCGGUGAUAUUGUCCUCAAAGCGUGGAACUUCCCUAGCCGCAUCCCUCUGGCCACGGACGACGAGGACAAGAAUGGCUUCGACUACUACAGCAAGCCCGCAGCGCCAGAUGCAAACGGCGAGAAGGCCGUGGCCGAAAACAUUGUCGAGGACAAGGACGGCCAGCAGUGGCUUGUGCUGACGGCAAAGCAAAUGACCUUCCUCCCCGUUGCCGUUUCGGAUGCUGUCCGAUUCAUUGUUCUCCACAUCUACGGCGGUGCCUACUUCGACAUGGACGUGCUCAUGCUUAGGGAUAUGCGCCCGCUGUUGUUGCCCAAAGAGCACUCCUUUGCUGAGCGAUGGGCUGCCCAUCCCCACCCGGGCGACUACAACACAGCUAUCAUGUCACUCUCGGCAAAUUCUUCGCUCUCCUCCUAUCUGCUUUAUGGUGGCAUCCGUAUGGGUGUCAACUUCCAUCCUCGAGUCCUAGGCCGCAUGGCAUGGAAGGACGGACGCGAUCAAGAAUUCCUCAUGUUUGAGACUGCCGCCUUUGACCCCAUCUGGACCGAGUUCAACUGGGACCGCGAAGGACGGUGCACGAUACCUUGUGUACGAGACUACGGUGCCGUGUUCAAGGGCAGAACGGGCGCAAUCAAAGAUGAAUGGGAAAGUUACACUGGUCCGCAACUAGGAACUAUCAACCUAGAGGAAGCACAGCGAAAAGUGCUCAAGAUGGACACCGACGCCCCCAAAUCCAAGCGCGAGCAUGAAGACCAAGAGAAUGUGCCUACCUCUGCAACGGCACCGUCGUCACAGCACAGUGACAAAGCGGCGCAUGCAGACUCUUUCCAACCUACGCUUGAUGAGGAGGUCGAACUCCGCAAGGCUGGCGUUGUGUCUGACUAUGUCCUUUCCGAAGAUAGAUUUCCACCCAACAAUCGCACGCUGGAGAACUUCUUCAGGGGCGCCUGGACGUACCACAUUCACAACCAAUGGGUCAAGCAUCCAGAACCCUCGUCCUGGAUAGCGGUACUUGAGCAUGCGCAGGACGGCUUCUUCGCCGGGAACCGCACAAAUCCAUAUGGCGAGAACUGGUCUGGUCCAAGUUUGAUGCCGUACAACUACUGGCCUGAGUAUGUAUGA